AUGAGGUUUCCAGGGGCAUACGUUCUCUUGUUCGAUUCUUUCGAAGUGUCUUUUGCAGACUCGUUCUUGAUCAUUCUAGCAAAGACGAAGAAAGUGACUGGUGAGGUAGUUGAAGGAAGAAAAGACUUUCCAUGCUACUCGCUAUCUCGUGACAAUUACACAUGUAGCGCCUGCAUACAAUUACACGAUUCCUGUGCCUGGUGUGGAGCUCCUCUUUUCGAUGCUAAGAAACAGUACGCCAGAUGUGACAAUCGUGCUCGACUUCUGGAGCAUGGAUGUCCCAGCUCCUUCAUUGAAGACCCACAAACAGUUCUCGAAGUGGAAAGGGAUGAACCUCUUUCCGAUAAAGGAAAGGUUGAGAACGAAGACGAUGCAGUUCAACUGAAGCCGCAGGAGAUGUUUGUUGAGAUACGGCCAAAGUCACGUGUGCGUUUUAACGUAACUUAUCGCCAAGCCGUUGAUUAUCCAGUUGAUCUCUAUUAUCUCAUGGAUUUGUCAUACUCAAUGAAGGAUGACAAGCAGAAACUUUCUGAACUUGGAGAUUUGCUUGCCGUUCGCAUGCGCAACAUCACCAAGAACUUCCGUCUGGGUUUCGGCUCCUUCAUCGACAAGAAACUUAUGCCGUUCAUUGAUCCAAGGAUCGAAAAGCAAAAGUCUCCUUGUGCGGAGCCGUGUGCAGAACCUUACGGCUUCAAGCAUCAGAUGACUCUCACCACGAACACCGAAAAGUUCAAGGACUAUCCCUCUAUUGCUUUGCUUCAUCAAAUGAUCAAGGAGCGCAAGGCUAACAUCAUUUUCGCCGUCACGAAAGGAAACCACGAGUUGUAUUCUCAGCUUUCGGAGUCGCUACCAGAUGUCUCGUCUUCCGUGGGAAUUCUCGAAACUGAUUCGCGUAAUAUUGUCGAUCUCAUUGAGAAGGAAUAUUUAAAAAUCAGCGAGAAGAUCAUAAUGGUGGAUAAUGCCAAUGCUAGCGAUGGAUUGAAGAUUACUUAUCGGAGCAUGUGCCUCGACGGUACCACGCUCAAGGAUACUAACGUAUGUGAGGGCAUCCAUGUUGGUGAUGAGGUGCAAUUCGAAGUGACUUUGGAAGCUACCCAUUGCGUGGAGAAGAGGGACUUUGUGCUACGCAUUGGACCUUCUGGUCUGGAUGAGACCCUCAUCGUCAAUGAUCGUAUUGUCGAAAACACUGAAGAUUGUCACGGUGGAGACAUGGUAUGCGGUGUCUGUCGCUGCAAAGGAGGAAACGUGGGCCGUUAUUGCGAGUGUAACCGACCAGGCAUGAGUACUGCAGCGCUGAAUGAGAAGUGCAAAAGGACUAACGAAUCCGCUAUCUGCGAGGGUAGAGGAGUUUGCAACUGUGGUCGCUGCGAGUGCAAUCCUCGUCAGAAUCCUGAGGAACAGAUUUCCGGAGAGUUUUGUGAGUGCGAUAACUUCAAUUGCCCCCGACACGAUCGCAAAAUCUGUGCAGAACAUGGUGAAUGCAAUUGUGGCCAGUGUAUUUGUGCUCCUGGAUGGACAGGUCGGGAUCGCCCCCCAAUUGUCCCAUCAGCCAAGACUCCUGCAUGUCUGCAAAUGGAAAAAUCUGCAACGGUAAAGGAGAAUGUAUCUGUGGUCGAUGCCGCUGCUUCGACGGUCCAGAUGACUUGCCCCACGAAAUGUAUUGAAUACAAGCCAUGCGUGAUGUGCCAGCAAUGGGGAACUGGUCCAUAUGAUGAGGAGCGGUGCGGAGAGUGCCCAUUCACAGUGAUUCCUGUAGAGAAGCUUCCAGAGCUCAACGACACAACGGCGUGCCAGUAUGUUGAUCCAGCUGAUGAUUGUACAUCUCUAUUAUCUCAUUAUUAUCAGAUGAAGUACUGGACAAACGUACCUUUGGUUCGCGAACAUAAAGAUUGUCCACCACCAGUUCCUGUGCUUGCAAUAGUUUUGGGAGUAAUUGCUGGCAUAGUAAUUCUCGGUAUCAUUCUUCUUCUCGUCUGGAAGCUACUCACGGUACUUCAUGACCGAGCAGAAUACGCCAAGUUCAACAACGAGCGACUCAUGGCGAAGUGGGAUACGAACGAGAAUCCCAUCUACAAGCAAGCCACUACCACCUUCAGGAAUCCAGUUUAUGCUGGGAGCAAGAACAAAGGAUUAUAA